GAUGUAAUAUGAGGAGGAUAUUGGACAGGACUUGUGAUCACGGCGGUCAAGAGUCGAAGAAGAUUGGCGGGGAUUCCUUCGACAGACCUCGAUCCUCCCGAAGGACUGCAGGAGUUGGUCGAGGACCUGGAGACCUUCGUCAGAACAGCGACGGAGAAGAGGAGGAAUCCUUCGGAGCCGAGCCGUGAAGCCCCUUCCGGAGUCUUCCCUGGAAUGAAGACAUUGUUGGCCCCAGGAGCGAACGUCUUCAGAGCCAGAAUCAAGCGUCUUUUUGAAAAACUAAGCGUGGAGACAGCGAGAGUCUCCGGGUAUAACGCUUCAUUCAUCAUGAUUGCAACUCACUGCUUUUUGCUACUAGUACUGUAUUUCUUGUGCUGUGACAUGUACGCUUCUAUCUGUGAGGACUGUAUAACAUUGUUUGGUUCUCAACGGAUUAAUGUUGGCGUACAGGAUACAACUUUUAAUAUGGCGGUUUCUCGGACUCCUGAAAUCUUUGAGGAACAACCCAGCAGCAUUGAUGCGCCUUGCUUUGCUCUCGCCAUCCCUGGGAUGGCAUUGGUGGCUGGCUUGGCACUCGCUGCUUUCUGUUGUUACCAGAUUAAAGGAAGCCGAGUUGACGACCUGCAAGGCAGUGAAGAUAGUGACGACAGUGAGGAUGAUGCAAACCUGGACAACGACGACGACCUGGACAACGAUGACGACCUGGACAAUGAUGACGACCUGGACAACGAUGACGACCUAGACAAUGAUGACGACCUGGACACCGAAAUUGACGACGAGAAAGACAACCUGCAAUUGGAAGAUGAAGAAGAUAGCGACCUGGACAAUGAUGACGACUUGCACUCUGAAGUUGACGACACUGAUGAUGACCUGACCACUGAAACGGACGAAAAGAUGAGCCCAGAAGAGGACCCAGUCGCUGCAACAAAAAUGGAACACCUCUGGAAAGAAUCUCAGCAGGAGAUCGAACUGCUCCGAAAGCAGGUACUGGAGAAAGAUCUGCUGCUUGAAAAGAGAGAAGACGAGAAGAACGAAAUUAAAAGGAAUUUUGAAAUGGAAGUAAAUGAAAGAGACAGAAAAAUUGUUAAUCUCCUCCAACAAGGUGAACAACUCAGAGGUGAAAAGCAGCAAUUGGAUCAGGAUUUAAGACUGGCUUUAGAUCAAUUAAAAGAGACGCAAAGGAUACAGAAAGAGCAGAAUGAGAAAUUGACGUUUCUGGAGCGUCACCUGCAGGAGAAAGAUCGCUUGCUCAAGAGGAGAGACGAGGACGAAAGCGAGAUGAGACGGCUCUUCCAGCAGGAGAUGGCUGGAAAAGAGAGAGAGCUGGAGGCCACCUUACAGAGGGAAACAGAACUCAGCCUGAAAUUGCAGGAGAGUGAAAACACUAAUGAGUUACUUGAUUUGGAAAACGAAGAGUUCUGUACGAUGAAUGAAGAGUUGGGGAAAGUUUUAGCCAAGAGAGAGAAGGAAGUCGACCUUCUGAAAGACUCCCUCGCCCUUAAAACUAAAGAAUUGGAGGAAGGUCAAGACCAACGUGAAAUAAUCAAGAGACGAUUGGAGGAAGCUGAAGAGGAUAACUCGACUCUCCAAGAAAAACUAAGGCUCGCUGAAGUGGAAAAUGUAAGGAUUCAGGAGGAUGUCCUCAAGAUGCAGGACCAGCAUCAAAAUCUCCAGUCACUUCUGAACCAAGCAGAGUCCGAAUUUAUCUUAACAAAAGAAAUUUUAAAGGAUGAGAGGAAAAGUAAGGAGAACUGGGUGGCCGAACUUAGAGGAGUAAAAGAAGAAUUAGAAGAAAAAGAGCUGGAAAUAAUGUCGCUGGAGAAAUCGUUAGAACAGAAGGAAACCAUUUUGCAGGAUGCUCUCCAUCACGGGAAAGAGAUGGAGAGCUUGUUGGAAGGAGCUAAGGAAAGAGAGAUAGAGAUGGAAGCUUCCCUAACGACCUUAGAAGCAGAGCUCCAGAAGAGGAACCUUCGAAUAGAAGAGUUCCUCACAAAAGAAGAACAGUCAAGGUGUGAACAACAAGAAUUCGAGAAUAAACUAGACAUAGCUCUCCAUUAUGCAAUGGAGCUGCAGAUGUUGCUAAAGGAAGCAGAAGAAAGGGAGAGGAAAAUAAAAAAUGAUUUAGAAGAACAGAGGAAUAAAAACCAUCUGUUAGCUAAGGAGAAAGAAGAUGGAGAGACUGAAAUAAAACGGCAACAUCAGGAGACUCUGAGGCAAAAGGACGAACAAGCAGAGGAACAGCGCGAACGCCUGGAGGAACUCCAGGAUAACUUGGAAAGUGCUUUGCGUCAAGAACAGAGUCUGGAACGCUUGCUGGAAUGUAAAGAAGAGGACCUCAUCUCUUUAAAGAAGAAGGAGAGUGAUGCCCAGCAAGAAGUGCAGCACCUCCAAAAGGACUGUGAAAUGCUGAAAGAAAAGAUUCAGCAGCAGGAGCAGAAGAGAAUGAGAGAUGAAAAGCGUCUCAGGGAGCAGCUAAGAACACAGGAGGAGGCUUUGAAGGAGCAUGACAAAUAUAUGUUGAUGAUGCUUCUCCAUGGGACUGCUCAGCGGAAUUUCCAGCUAGAGCACAUUGCGCUGGAACAUGAAGAUGAAAUGAUUGAAGGGAAGAGAGAGAAGUGUGCUGGAGGGACAGCAGGAAGGCAAGUCGAGGGGACAGAUGAAGACCCUUGUGAGAAGGCGCGCGAGGGAGAAGAAAGACAACGCAGGGCAUACUGGAACGCCCAGCAGGAGAAGAAUGAAGAUUUCAGGGAACAAUGGGAGGACCUCAAGCACAUUGUGAAAGAUGUCAUUAACGGAAAUGAAUGAAAUGCUUCAGGAGGACAUUCACCCAUGAAUGACAUCUAUCACUGGCUAGAGCCAACACCAGUUCAAAGGAUGGACAAACUCUCCCAGUGAAAGUCAAAGGAAAACUUUCCGGAGGCAGGAGGACAAGCUCUCAGUAUGAGAGCGAAAAGCUAUUUGGAGGUAGGAGGACAAGCUCUGAGAUUGAGAGCCAACAGCUCUUUGGAGGUAGGAGGACAAGCACUCAGUAUGAGAGCCAACAUCUGUUCAGAGGCUGGAGGAGAAGCGCUCAACUUGGGAGUCAACAGCUUUUCGGAGGCUGGAGGAUGAAGCUCUUAGUUUGAGAGCUAAAAGCUGUUCACAGAACUGGAACCCCACCAGAAGGCCACCAGAGGGCGUAAGUUCAAUGCCUUUUAUAUAUGCAAAAUAUGGGUUAUGCAAUGCAUAAUGGGUUGAAUACUUGCAUAUACCACUGUGGCAACCUCUGGCGUGGCGUAA